AUGCAGAAAGAGGAUGAGACUCCAGCACCCUGUGUACAACUGUGUCCUCCGAAAGACAGGGGAAUGAGAAAGCCUUCAGACAUGAGUCCGCGCCGCCUGUCAGAUAUCAGUCCUGAGAUCAGACAGCUGAAAUCCCUCAUCAUUACGGAUGAAGAUCUAAGUGAAGAAUUGAAGUCAUCGAGAUCAGUCGAGUACAUCAACAACGCAUCCAUAGAAGAGCGGAUCCUGAGGAUCACUGGUUACUAUUGCUAUGAGCCCUGGAACGCAUCUCUUAGAGGGGAGGACCAGUCCAACAGCGAGAAGGUGGAAGUGAAGGUAGAUGGCCAUUCUGCCACAGAAACAGUCAAAUCAGAUUGUGGGAACAGGCUGCAGAGGCUCCGCUGCUGUUUGCAUAUGACUGCAGUCCACCUGCACAGAGCACUGUGGGGUGUCGCUUUGGUGAUCUGCAUCUGCUUUUCUUGGUCGGGCUGCACUCAGUUGGCCAAAAUAACCAUUAGACGCUUGAAUGUCCCGUUCACCCUCACUUGGUUCUCCACCUCCUGGAACUGUGCCAUCUUCCCUCUUUACUACCUGGGUCACCUGUGCUGUAGCAAGGACAGACAGACUCCCAGACAGCACUUCAGACAGUGUUGUCAGUUCUUGGGAGAUGACGGGCUGUCACUGAGGAUGCUGCUCUCUCGUGUGGCUCCUUUUGGAGUGCUGUGGACUCUCACCAGCUACCUGUACCUGCAAGGCCUUCGCAGAAUCCCUGCCACUGAUGCCUGUGCCCUUUUCUGCUGUAGUCGUGCCUUUGUCUUCCUAAUUUCCUGGAUUGUCCUGCGGGAUCGCUUCAUGGGAGUGCGGAUUGUAGCAGCCAUUUUAGCCAUUGGGGGCAUUGUUAUGAUGACAUAUGCUGAUGGUUUCCACAGCUACUCUGUGAUUGGCAUCUCCCUUGUGGUUGGUUCUGCAUUAACAGCAGCUAUAUACAAAGUUCUGUUCAAGCUUGUUCUGGGUAGUGCAAAGCUGGGUGAAACAGCUGUGUAUCUUACUGUUCUCGGUGGAGCUAAUUUGGUCUUCAUUAGUGCUGUACCUCUGAUCCUGCUUAUCACGGGGGCCGAGGACUUUGUUUCACCUAGAGAUUUGCCAUGGCCAAGUAUCUGUGGCAUGUCCGCUCUUCUGCUGGUGUUCAACUUCCUCUUGAAUUUUGGUGUUCUGAUAAAACUUCCUACUCUGAUUUCUCUGGGCGUCGUCCUCAGUGUUCCUGUCAACGCUGUCAUAGAUCGCUACAUGUGUGAGAUCCAGCUCAACAGUGUGCGCAUCAUUGCCGUGUCCAUCAUUUGUUUGGGCUUCCUUUUGCUCUUACUACCUGAGGACUGGGACCAGUUCCUGCCACAGUUAGGAUCAAUGCUGUACAAUCGAGAAGAGCCACAAGAGAGCGCCAGAGACAAACACUCAGAGACGCUUCACAUCAGGCUGAGAGAGGCCAAGAACUGCAACUCCAAAACUACUCCCAGCCUCCACUGACUGCAUUUUAUUAAUUCCAUA